CUAUGGUAUAUCUCUAUAUUUAUAAUAACCAAGAGUAAAAUUAGUAGGCCAGCAUCUUGCAAAAGUCGAAAGAGUGAAGUGGAUGAGUCCCUUUUUGGUAUCAAAUUAGCACAAAUUACUUUCUAGGAAGCAAUAAAAAAAAUGAUGCUAAAACUGCUAAAGUAAUUCAGAGUGUUAGAAAAGGAGACAAUUCAAAUCCAGACGUGGUAUUAAUAGGAGAAGCGGAAUUAUAAAGAAUGAAAGUUUGUUUCAUCAUAAACUUUAGAAUAAUGCCAUUGUUACAACCAAGGAGGAACAACUAUACUAGAAGAAACUCUUGGAGGAACAGAAGGAAAAGUAAAUGACAGCUGCUAAGGCCAAGAAACAGAGGAUGAUAUCACUGGAAGAAGAAAAGAAGAAGCAAAUCCCUUUGACUGCGCAACAAUAGGAAGAUAAAGUAGUUAAGGACAGUCUCAAUGCAAGGGUAUCAAAAAUAUCUUCGAAUCUAGGCUGCAGAGAUUUUGAAUGAACAAUUGGAUGAUGUUAAAGAGAUGAACAAGAUGGUUAUGUAUGCCAAAUGUGUUACGAUCAGAGACAAAUAAUUAUAAGAGAAACAGUAAUUGAAAGAACAAUUCAAAAAUUAAGAGAAAAGGAAAGAUCUCAUGAUGGAAAUCGAAAGACUCAAAUCAGUUAAGUAUUAUGAGGAAAAGGAUGUCUAACAUAAACAAGAAUUGAAACAAGGUCAUGGCAUUAUUGUAGAAUAAAUUAAAGAGAGAGAAUUGAUUAGACUUAAAGAAAAAGAGGAAUAGGAGAGAGAAGGCCAAGUUAUGAUUAAACAAAUUAAAUAAGUACAAAUUGAGGAUCAACAAAAAAAUCAAUAGAGGAAACAUAUGUAGAAAAAGUUGCAAGAUGAAAUUCUAGAAGCUAAUUCAAAGGCUAUUGUUGUUAAAGAAAAGAGAAGAUUGGAAGAAAAAGAAGAAGAAGAGAAGAUUGCCAAAUAUAACUUAGAAAAGGCACAGAAGGAUGCUGAAAUCGUUGAGGAACAGAGAAGAAUCAAAGAGGAGAAGGAGAGGGAUGUGUAGAGAUUAAGAGAAAUGCAAGAGAAGGCUUAGGAUAGACAGGCUGAAUUAGAUUUAUUAAGAGCAAAACGAGCUAUGGAAUAAAACGAAAGAGCUGCUAGAGAAAAGGAAAGAAAGGAAGCAGAACUCAGAUAAAAGUUAAAUUCAGAAUUGUAUUAAGCAAGAAAAGUUCAGUAGAAUGAGAAAUAGGAAAAAUUAGAAGAAUAAGUACUUAACCAUAAUAUUGAAUCAAGGCAAGACUUGAAAGGGAUGAAUUCCAAAGAGUUAUUCAAAAGUAAAAGCAAGAACGUGAAAAUGAACUAAGAUUACAGUAGGAAAAAGAACAUUUGGUUAAAAAACAUGCCGAGGAGUUGAGAAAAUAGAUCUCAAUGAAUGAGGAAAAAAGAAAGUAAGAGGAGAGAGAUAAGUAUUGAAUUCAUCUAAUAUUGAAAGGCUUGAAGAGGGCAAGAAGAUUAGAGAUAAAAUGGUUAAUGAGAAGAAAUUAUUAGAAAAUAUUAAGGAAUAGAAAUUGAAAGGACUCAAUGAUAAUACAAUACCUGAUAAAUAUAAGGCUGAAUUAACAAAAAAGAAAAUCAAUAUUCAAAUAUGAUUCAUCACAGAUACACA